AUGAAGGGCCAGGAAUAUUGGCAAUUGAAGCUCACCGGGGCUUCAUCGCAGCAACAGGAACAGGACCACGUAGGAAGUGAGGCCGAGUACAAGGCGUCUCAUGCCAAAGGCUAUGCGACCGGUAUCAUGGAGGCCUUCUGCAGGCGCCACAUCGUCGGCAAGUACUGGUGA